UGACGAAAAUUGUUUGACGUUUCAUUCUGGAGAAAAUAGAAAUCUUGAGAAAAUAGUGAAAAUAAAAAACGUUUUUUGUUAAAUUUGACCGUUUGUAUGAUAAAUAAUUCAUAUAAUUCAUAAAGAGUAAACAUGUUGCGAUUUCGUCCCAAAUUGGGAACCGAGCGCAGCAGCGAGUGGCGCUGCUGCUUCUGUCUGCAUGUCCGGACUGGGACCAUCCUUCUUGGGACAUGGCACCUUUUGCUGCACCUGAUAGCGCUAGGGUUCCUAGCGGCCAUCGUGCGGGACCCUCGGUUGCUGGACGAGCUGGAGCGCGACACGGCGCCCAUGGCCGACUGGAGCGAGGUGGGCCCCGCGCUGCCCACGCCGCUCUCCAACGUGGACGCCCCACCCAGCCCCUAUACCCAACACUCCAGCCAGCCUAGAGACCACAGCUUAAUAUACCAUGAUGUGGAUGUGGGUGCGCUGGUUACAGUGUGCACCCUCGCGAUCACGCUCAUGCUGAUCUACGGAGCCAUCCGCGGGAAGCCGGCGCACCUCCUGCCAUUCUUCUGCCUACAGAUAUUUGACUUUGCCAUCACUGUACUGACGGCGACGGGAUACCUGUGCUACCUCCGCUCGAUCCACCGGCUGGUGGCGGAGACGCGGCGCGUGCCGUGGCGCGCGCAGCUGCUGCAGCUGCCGGCGCCGGCGCUCGCGCUCGUCGUGCUCUCCGCCUUCCUGCUCGCCGUGCUGCUCAAGGGCUACUGCAUCAGCGUGGUGUGGCGGUGCUACAAGUACCUGACGAUGCGCGCGCACGCGCUGCAGAGCCUGACUCCGUUCGUGAUCUCGUCGGAGGCGGCGCUGGCGGGCGCGGGCCCGGCGCCGGCCGCCGCGGCCGCGCCCGACUACUCCAGCCUGCUGCCCGACUACGACGAGGCCGUCAAGCAGACUCCACCGCCCAGCUACCGCGCCGCCACGCUCAUGGCCGCCGCUGACCCCGCGCUCACUACUUGUCUGGUCCCGCAGCCGGAAACCCCGCCGGGCGAGGCGCCGCCGCCGACCAACACCGUGGUGAUGCUGCCGCAACAGGGCUCGCAGGCGCGCGUCUGAAUCUCACCACCGCUACCACUGAGCUACUAUGACUACAUAAAUAGUUCAGUGACCACCUCCGCCGUCGUCAACGCCCGGCCAACACUCGCCACACGACCCUUGAAGUAUGCAACCACAUUUUUGCCAACAAUUUAUCAAUAACUUUAAUAAAUUAUAGCCAUUGAAUAAUGUUCUCGUUGUAAUAGUAAUUGGGUGUUAGUACAAUCGUUCUUAAAUAUGUUAAGGGUUACGGUUUUCUUGUCAUGUGAGAUCAAACCAAAAAUGAGUAGAUAAGAUCAAUUUUAAACUCAUAAAACUGCUUAUUAGGUACUUUGUCCUUUGGUGUGGCCUUUCCCAGUAGUUUGUCCGGCCACUGCAUAUGAAUAAUGGACUACUAAAACCAUGUUAUAUUGAGUAUCUAUUUUUUACUAAACAAAUCCCGUGUAUUCCUUUUUUGGUUUGAUCUCAUACAAUUAAUUACACAUAAAUAUAGAUGUCGAUACAUUUUAUUAUAGACAGACUGAUUUUCUUGAAAUAAACUUGCAACCAUUUGUUUACAUCCAUAAAGGGUGUCUCUGGAGUUUAAAGUACUUUGAAUCCUUUCAUUAUCUGGUCCAUGACUUCAAGUACUAGCUUGAAGUAACUUACAACUUAAUUCUGCUCAUAUAACGUAAGUAACGUACCAUAGUGUAUCAUACUAGCUUUGAUUGUGAUGUGACACUGUAAUGACCUGUUAGUAGAAUUAUAAUUAAAUAAAAAAAACUGGUGUUAAACAUAUACAGUGUUACUACAAAACAAAAACUAAAAGAUAAACUAUGUUUAAAAUAUAAUCCGUAUACGAAAGAAGUCCCGAACGCCGCGGCGCUACUGUCGCAGAUUCUGCAUAGAAUUAUUAUGACUUGUCAAGUUAGUUUCAUUUAAAUCCGCCGACUUCGUUCGUGGCGCGAAAUACUAUUUUAAACGUAUUUUAUUUUUAGUUUGUGUUUUGUAGUAACACUGUUAAAAUUCAUUGGCAAUUAUGAUAAAGGAUUAGAUAUUUAGUCGAUAUGUAAAGUACUAAAACUUCCAGCUAAAACCUGGGUGGUUAAAAAGGCUACAUCGAAGCAAUUCAUCUAAAAAGCAAUAUUGCUAUUUGACAUUUGCACAUAUAAAAGUAAGUGCGCAAUGGACACAAAUGUCAACAUUUUAGAUGAAUUGCUUCAAUGUGGCCCUUUAACCCCAAAACCCCCUGUUUGUUUUUGCGCUUAAAUAGUGUAACCACAGUGGAUGCAUUGUGGUAUGAUUACGUCUACUUGUACAUGAGAUAUUGAUAUUUUUGUAGAGCUUUUAUUAUAGUCUGCCAGGUAACAGAGACUCGUCUUAAAAGUACAUUGAAGUCAGCACAGAUUUUAAAUUUAAACAUAAUGUCUGGUACAUUAUUUUCGAACUUUAUGUCCAAGAUUUUAUGCUGUAUGUCCUAUCAUAGCACUGAUAUAAUUAAAACUAUUUUUGGAGUACUUAAAUUAUUUGCUAAUAGGGAUUUUCCUGCUUCAUAAUGCAGCUUGGUUGGAUUACUAUUAAAUUCUGUAUCUGAGAAUGUAAAAUCAGCGAAAUUAAUUUAAAAAUAAGUUGCUCUUCCUCUUCUGUCUCCUUGGAAUUAAAAAAAGUCGUGUAAUUCAAAUUACGAAAGCAUGGAUCGCGUGAACUCAAAUUAAGAUGGUUCGAGAACUCUUAAUGUAGAUAGCUUACUAUUUCAGCCUGUCGCUUAUCAAUUUGUAGCGUUUCUAUUAGAAACCGAGUAUUAGGAACUUUGAACUCGCUUAGUGUCCUUUAAUCUGAACGUGUACAAUUCAUACGCUUGUACUUUGCUGUCGUCUUGUGCCGUCUAUUGGUUUUAUCAUAGGGACUGAGGUGUAACGGUGUUGAUAUUCUUCUAGUCACUGCAGGGAAAAUAAGUAAACAAGAUAAAUAUAAAUAGUAAAAUGUUCACUAAAACUACAAUUUUAUCUAACAAGAAAGGAGCCGGCAAACGCCAGUUUAUAUGCCAUAUCAAGUUCUAUCUUUUGUUUUAGCGCGAGUGAGGACAUAGGGAUAGCGAUCAGUAUUUUUUUACUUACUGAAUAUCUUCCCGUGGCGGUGACCUAUUUUCGUAAUAUAAUAGAAAAAACAAAAAAAAAUAUUUUCAACAAUCGUGCAUAAUCUUUGUAUGUAUUUAUCGCUUUUUCUUGUAGUUCAUUAACUUUAUGAUUAUUUUUAUUUUAAUUAAUUUCUCUUGCGCAGAUAAAACUACUAUGAUCAUAUUUUGAAGUAUUGAUUAGUAAAUGAUAACUAUUUCUCAAGUUUUCAGCCGUUCUCCAUCAUUUGGGUUGAUCCACUGCAUAUUCAUGUAACCUAGUGCCAUUGCGUUAUGUUUCGAAAAUUUUAUGAUAUUUAUAUCGUACAGUGCGUUUCCCAGUUAAUUUGCAAAAUAAGUUUCCUUUUAUUUCUAAAAAUAUCAAAAGACGUGUUUAAAUAUCUACUGGGAAAUGUAACGCUUUUAUAAUUUAAAAUCUAUCUUUUUUUUCACGGAUACCUUAUUCCGUGACAUUGCCAUUAACUUAUAUUGUCUAUCUGAUACUUACCAACAUUCCUAUAUACAUAUUUUUAUAUUAAAAUAAUAUUUUACGUGUCAAUUCAUCGCGCCACACCGUCCACUGCGGAUUUGAUGUUAGCGAUCUCAUCAUAGGGCAUUCAUCAUCGCAAUUUAUGUAAUUUUAAUAAAUAACAUUCAUAAUAAAAUUGUUCUAUGUAUUUCGGUGUGUGUCGCAAUAGAGGGUAUCCUUAAUAAAAAGGCAAAUACUUAAAAUCUGCGGUGCCUUAUACCAAUUGUAUCUAACAUUCGACAUUAUGACCUUGGAUUUAAUAUGCUAAUGUUGAAGUUGUAAGAAAUAGUGCUAGCGUCGAUGUCUUAGCAAAUUGCUUGAAAACUGCUUCACUAGAUCUAACGUAAGACCGUGUAAGUAGUUUCACAAUGGCCUAAAGAAAUGUACAAAAAAUCGAAUUAUUAUUUGUUGUAUCUUCUUAUUGUAUUCACAUAAUAGAUGCUUGUUUGUAUAUCUAAAUUAGGGGCUCUACAUUUACAUGUUUUUGUCUAAUGACGUAGUUGACUGGAAACUUGGACUUUUUUGUAUUGUACAAAUUGUAACACUAGGUCCUUCGUCCGUCACUGCUUGAGAUUUAUAUGUUUGUAGAGAUUGGCGUUUUUAGUCACGAUCAUUUGGGACGUUUAUUUUAAAAGUUUUAGAUUUUACAUUUAUUUGGGAGGUUUUUAUUUGUUUUCCUUAAAAAUUAUGAUGUAUUGUUAAUGUUGUAUUGUAUUGUAAAGGCACUAUUGGUAAAUCGACGUGUUCUAUUUAAGUCUUAAAUUACUGACUGUGUAAGACGUCAAAUAAAUUUUAAUAAAUCAUACACCUGUA